AUGAAGGUCUCAUUCUCUCUCGCUAGCAGCAAGGCCAAAGUCGCUGCCAAGCCUGUCGGAGAGACACCGUCACUCAAACGCUCCGCUGCCUUCGCAUCGUUAGACGAUGACGAGCCCGUCGACGCCGCACCCACUGCCUCCGACAAUCGUAAAGUCGCAGCCAACAAGAAGCUGGUCGCGCAAAAUGUCGAGUUGUCGAAGACGAUGAAGAAGCGUAUGGAGGAGGAAAUGAAGGUGGACUCCUCCGUCUUCCAGUACGACGAGGUGUGGGAGAAGAUGCAGCAAGCGAAGCAGAAGCAGAAGGAGGCGAAGGAGGCGGACGCGAAGGAGCGAAAGCCCAAAUACAUCGACAACCUGCUGCAGUCUGCUGCUACUCGUAGAAUUGACCACCUGCGAGCCGAACAGAAGAUGAUUCAGCGAGAACGAGAGUCUGAGGGUGACGAGUUCAAAGACAAGGAGGCCUUCGUGACACAAUCGUACAAGGACCAGCUCGCUGAGACGCAGAGAGCAGAGGAGGAAGAACGGCAGCGAGAAGAGGCCGAGAAGAAGAAGAACAAGGGAGCUGGCUCCGGAAUGGCUCACUUCUACCGCAAACUUCUCGAUGAGUCCGAGCAACAGCAUGAAGAGGCGGUAGCUGCUGCUGCUACGACGACGAAGCCCGCCAUCGGCCCUCAAGGGCCCAACCUGACGAUCACGAAGCCUGUCGACUUUGUCCCCAAGUCUGACGUGGACCUGGCGAAAGCUGCAAAGGAACAGGGGAAGGAUGUCGAACUCAACGACGACAACCAGAUCGUCGACAAACGAGAGCUCCUCUCGGCGGGUCUCAACCUCUCAGCACCGAACACGCGGAAGUUCGGUCUUCAGACUAUCAAGAAGAAUGAGGGGGAGGAGCAGCCGCAGGUCCACCGUGCAGUGGGAACUGCGGCAAGUCGCAAGGAGAUCAACGAGCGACGAGCACGAGAAGUCGCGAAGCAGAUGGAGGAGGAGCGCGAGCGAUUGCUCAAGGAGAAAGAGAAAGAGGAGCAGGAGAGUAUCAACAGAAUGGCUGCGAAGCGGAAUGAUGAGGAAUCAGUCAAGAGUGCUCGCGAGCGGUACUUGGAACGCAAGCGACGGAGAUUGGAGAAAGGAGUUGCAGACCCUGAUGGAGAGACGUAG